AUGCAUGUAAUCAGACUGUCUUUUGCAGCCAGCUGCGACCAUGGCGGACCCUCCCGCAGGCCCACCUGAGGAUCUCAACAAAAUCAGCUUCUGGAUGCCAGGAAAUUUCGUGCGGACAGUGCGGAGGACAUCAGAGUCGCACCAAGCGUGUAAUGACAUCAUAGCAUGUAUGAAGGACCGGGCUCGUGUGGAGCGACAGUACGCCCGUCAGCUGACUGAGUGGAGCAGCAAGUGGAAAUCAAUCACUGACACUCGGCCGCUGUACGGGUCCCUCUUGCGAGCGUGGCAGUGCUUUUUCUCGUCCACCGAGCGUCUGUCUGCCCUUCACACGUCCAUCUCCCAGUCUCUGGUUUCAGAAGACGGAGAGCGCAUUCGCUCGUGGAAGAAAGAGACGUUCCCGCGGAAAAUGUUCUGCGGCUUCAGGGAGUCACAUGACCUUGGGACGGCUUUCUCACGUGCUCAGAAGCCCUGGGUGAAAAGAUUAAAGAAGCUGGAAAAGGCUCGUGCGGCGUAUCAUAAGUCAUGUCAGAGGGAGCAGAUCGCUCAGGAAAAAGAGAAUCAAGCCAAACACAACGCCAACCUGAGUGAGAGCAAACUGUCCAAGAUUCAGCAGACGAGAGAGAAAGCCACACAGGAACGCAGCAAGGCACGUGAUCGUUAUGAGAAGGUCCUAGAGGACGUCACCGGCUUUGCACCGCGAUACAUGGAGGAAAUGGAGUCUGUGUUCGACCAAUCACAGGAGGAGGAGAAGAAGAGGAUCAGCUUCCUGAAACAGGCCUUCCUGUCCAUUCACAGACACCUCGACAUCACCAACAAUGAGAGUAUAAAAGCAGUGUACGGUGAACUACAUCACACACUCAUGUCCAUCAGUGAACCUGAUGAUCUCCGCUGGUGGAAGAACAACCAUGGGCCGGGCAUGCCAACCGACUGGCCCAAAAUAGAGGACUGGAAUCCUCCGAUUAAAAAACAUAAACCGGGAAAGAAACCAAAAGCACACAGAGGACCUGAGGAGAAAGCGGUCAUGAUCGGAGGAGUGCGUGUGCGAGCGCUGUACAACUACACCGGAGAGGAAGAAGAUGAACUGUCCUUCAGAGCAGGUGAAGAGUUCCUCAAGAUUGAGGAAGAGGAUGAUCAGGGCUGGUGCUGGGGGGUGAAGGAGGGCGGAGUCCAAGGCUUUUACCCAGCCAAUUACGUGUUACCUGUGAAAGGACAUCAGGAAUCAUAGAUGAGGCACAACCAUUCAUAUUUACAGUUAUGGAAAACAUUUAUACGGUGCCCAUCAAAAAAUAUGUAAAUGUCUGAAUGUCAUUGCAUUUUCUUUUAGACUUUUUCAACACUAUAUCUGUUGUUUUGUCAUUUAACCCUUAAAUGCAUGAAUGUUUUGCCAGUCAUUACAUAUUCGGGUCUUUAGC